CUGGGCUCAAGUGCCUGGCAGCGGCGCCUCCCUUCCAACACCCGGCCGCAUGCCAUACCUAACACCAAUGUAGUUAUGCGUGCGGGGCAGGAAUGGCCCCCAUCGCUGGGAGGAUGCGGCUGGCAUGGCUAAUCUCAGCCGUGCUGGUCCUGCCAACAAGUCCAGCAAGAGUAAAGACGACAGCGCACGGCUCGAUAUCGCUUCUCGCUGCCAGCGUGAACAGCAGUGCCGCUGCUGCUGCCGGGGCCUUUCGCGCAGCCGCGAGGAGCGCAAAGCCGAAGCUAAAGACCAGGAUAAAGGCCAAGGGUCGCGCGAGAGGGCCAGUCAAUGUCGGCUCUAAGGACGGGGCACGCCACGACGACGACGACUCGAAUUACACGACUGUGCGCGAGUGCAACGCCCCCUUCUCGGCGACUGAGAAGGCCCACGUCUUGUGCCCAGCUCGGUGCCCACUCAUGAGGUUCGACCCCGACCUGCUCUGUCACUGGCGCUGCAUCCCAGAAGAGACGUGCCGCGCCUACCCAGGAGUCAUCGAUCGCGUUGCCGGGUACUGCUUUGUCUGCGCUGUGGCAGGCUGCCAGCGUUGUGCCUCAGACGAGCAGUCCUGCCACGAGUGCCACGCGGGCUUCAGGCUCGAGAAUGGGGAGUGCAUCAACGAAGGCCAGUGGAAGUGGAUCGUGCUGCUGGCUGUCCUCGGGGUCGUUGUCGUUUCAGUCAUGGCAUACGUUGUGCUCGUUGCUUGGCGGCCAGUUGUAAGCCAGGAGAUCCUGAGAUGGGGCCUGGAGCAGCGCUCCAGAUCGAAGGCCAGGAGGGACGACGGGAACCACGAGCUCUACGCCCUGAACCUCAGCCUCGCCGACGAGGUCACGUCUGCGGGAGGGAUAGGAGCCGCGCUCCACUUCAGCUGGCAGCGGAUGACGCUCUGGUGGUCCAUCGCGGUGACUGUGGCGAGCGCGGCGGUGACGGCUUACCACGGCCGGCUUGUUGCCCAAGACGCGCUGAUGUUGCCUCCAUACCACGACGAGGUGGAGGGCAUUUGCACGGAUCGCCUCGACGUACACCGCGGCGCCGAGUUCGAGGCGAUGCGCAUCGGCGUCCUGUGGUUGACCGGCCUGGUGUACGUGUGCACCUCGUUGGGUGCAGUCUUCUGGUCGUGGUGGCAGCAGAUGAAGUUCCUGCGCUUCCACAGGACCACAGCCAGCAUGCAGGACUACGCGCUGAUGUGCCGGGGCUUCCCACAGGAGUCGGGCAGACAGCACGAAGGCCCUGGCACCAGGCUCGAGGAGGAGUGCACGCGCUUCUUCCAGGCCGCGUGGGGCGAGAGCGUCAUCGGGGUGUCCGUCGCCUGGAACAUGAGCGGCCUGGAGGAGAACAUCAAGGUGGCCGUGCACGACAUCGUCUACGAGGUCGAGCGCGAAGUCCGCGCGGGCUCGGAUGCAAACUGCGCGUUGGACCGCCAGGCCUCGUACAUCAGCACCCCGCCCCUCACGCACCGGACUUCGUCCUUUCAGCCCCGGACGCGGUGCUUGUGCGCCCCGCUGGUAGACACCGUCGAUAGCGUAGUGUGGGGCGAAGUCCCUCCGUGCUUCCUCCGAUCGGGUGGGCUAAGUACACCUCGAGCACCUGACAAUCGUUCAGAGGCGCUGCAGCUCAUCGAGAGGAUCCCGACUACGGGGACCUGCUUCGUCGUCUUCCGCACCAAGGCCGACAUGAAGGCGAGCCUCUGCUUGCAGCUGCCUAAGUUUAGAGGUGUGUACGAGAUUUCGGCCGAGAUGGCGGAGGGUAACGCCGAGGUUGUGCUCUGGGAUGGGUUCGGAACGACCGACGCAGAGAGAAGGUGGCUUAAGGUGAAAGGAAUCGGCUGGAUGCUGAUGAUCAUCGCCAUGUGGACUGCGUGCUUCUGGGGCCCCUACACGCUCUACAUCUUGUCGUGGUCGAGCAUUGCUGGGGCGAGUCAAGGCAGCGCCGAGAUUGGCAUGGUUGUUGGUUUGCUGAUCACUGUGGGGAACCAGGUCGUUUACGCGGCGGCAGGAAUCCUCUCGGAGCAUGUGAAGUACACCUGCCGCAACUUCCGCGACACCUACUACACCAGCCUCUACACCUUUGCAGUGCUUGUGAACACAGUGCUCGACAUGUGGCUGGCCACCGCGAGAGGGAACGUAUCCGUAAUACCUGACCUGUCACAUCACUGAUUCGAGC